AUGCACUCUCUCCAGCUCCUACUCAGGGCCAGCCAUGCCGCCCUGCUCCUGGUUCUCUGCCUGCAGCUGGGGACCAACAAAGCUCAGGAAGACACGCGACAGUUGGUCAAAAUGAAUUUUCAGAUGCCUCCCAAAACAGUGGCAAAUGAAGAGACCACUGUGAAGCUCAGAGUUGAAACAGAAUUGAGAGAGUGCAUGGUGAUGAAAACUUACUUGAAAAGCAGCAGACCAAUGGAAGGGCCUUUUAACUAUAAAUACACCGCCUGCCUGUGUGACGAUUAUCCAAGAACCUUCUUCUGGGACUUUGCGGUCAACAAUACUGUAAGAAUUGCAGCAGUGGUUGACAUCGUCCGUGAAUUAAAUAUCUGCCCCAACGAUAUGGCAGUGGUACCCAUCAAAGCAAACCGUUUCAGCAUCAUGAAGACCCUAACUGUAAUCUGA